GAUGACCAGAGACUGCGGACACAGUACAGGAGAUGACCAGAGACUGCGGACACAGUACAGGAGAUGAUCAGAGACUGCGGACACAGUACAGGAGAUGACCAGAGACUGCAGACACAGUACAGGGAUGACCAGGGACUGCAGACACAGUACAGGGAUGACCAGAGACUGCAGACACAGUACAGGGAUGACCAGAGACUGCAGACACAGUACAGGGAUGACCAGAGACUGCGGACAGUACAGGAGAUGACCAGAGACUGCGGACAGCACAGAGAUGACCAGAGACUGCGGACAGUACAGGAGAUGACCAGAGACUGCGGACAGUAC